AUGUUCGGUAGAAAAAACGAAAAAAGAAAACCAGUUAUUGGAAGUGAAGAUGGAAUGUUCAAUUGGAAACCAGAACAAGGUCAUGACGACAUGGUCCAUAAAGAAGAAGAUAUGAAAAAAAAUAGGGACUUGGAAUUAGAAAGAGAUGAAAACGAAUUCAAAUAUUUUCUAAACAGUUAA